AUGGUCGUCGACACCGCCUAUUACGAUACCCUGGGCGUGCAGCCUACGGCCACCGAGCUUCAGAUCAAGAAGGCCUACCGCAAGCUGGCUAUUGUGCACCAUCCAGACAAGAAUCCCAAUGAUCCCGCCGCCCACGAAAAAUUUCAAGAAAUCGGCGAAGCCUACCAAGUCCUUUCCGACACAGAGCUCCGCAAGGCAUAUGACAAGUUCGGCAAGGAUCGUGCGAAGCCGCAGGAAGGCUUCACUGAUCCAGCCGAGUUCUUCACGUCCAUCUUUGGCGGCGAGGCCUUCGAGGACUGGAUUGGCGAGAUCAGCCUGAUGAAGGAUCUCACGGCCACCAUGGACAUCGCCAUGGCCGAAGGCGAGGACCAGCCGGAGACCCCAGCGAAUGUUGAAUUCCCCGGCACCGAAGAGGCCAAGAAGCAGAGCGCACAGGAGUUCGCAGAAAAGGAGACUGCCGCUGCUGCUGCCGGAGCUCAAGGCGCUCCCGGCGCUCCUCCGCCGCCAACCGUCGUCGUCGACGAAGAAAAGCCCAGCGGCACCGCUCACCCCGCGACUGCAGCCGGACCUACGCCUCCCCCCCGAUCAGAUGCCACCUCCCCCGCGCCGUCCUCGUCCUCACGCAACCGAACACAAAUCCCCCUCCGACCCGCGCUCAGCGACAGACCCCACGACGAAGCAUCCAUCCAGGCCGCCGAAGAGGAGCUCCGCCAAAAGGAGAAGAAAAAGGGCGGCCUCACCAAGGAGCAGCGCGAGCAGCUCGCCGCCUACGAAAAGGAGCGCGCUGCCAUCCGCCAGAAGCGAGUCGAUACGCUAGCAGAAAAGCUGCUCGACCGUGUGAGCGUGUGGACCGAGACCGACAAGGGCGACGACGUCACCAGGGCUUUCCAGGAGAAGAUGCGCCUCGAGGUGGAAAACCUCAAGAUGGAAUCAUUCGGCAUCGACAUCCUCCACGCCAUUGGCCAGACGUACGUCUCCAAAGCAUCCGGUCUCCUGCGCAGCCAGAAAUUCCUCGGCAUAGGCGGCUUCUUCAGCCGCCUCAAGGACAAGGGCACCCUGGUAAAGGACACCUGGAACACGAUCAGCAGCGCCCUCGACGCGCAGCAGACCGUCGAGGACAUGGCCAAGAUGGAGGCCAAGGGCGGCGAGGACUGGACCGAGGAGAAGCGCGUCGAGUACGAGCGCCGCGUCACAGGCAAGAUCCUCACGGCCGCAUGGCGCGGCAGCAAGUUUGAGAUCCAGAGCGUCCUGCGCGAGGUCUGCGACAGUGUGCUGUACAACAAAAAGGUUUCCCUUUCCAAGCGGUUAGAACGUGCGCAGGCGCUCGUCCUCAUUGGCGAUAUAUUCCUAAAGGCCCAGAGAUCCCCCGAAGAAGAAGGCGACUACCUCGUCUUUGAGCAACUCGUGGCCGAGGCCGCUAUCAAGAAGGACAAGGACGAGGAUAAGCGGAAAAGGGACAAGAAGGAUAGACAUCACCGCCACGCCGAGGAAGUUGCCGGCGAUGCGCCGAAUGUUCCCAAGGCGUAA